AUGAACAGAGGAAUAAGAACUAUAACGAGACAUUUCAACAAAUUAAAUAAUUUAAAUUUUAGUUCGAAAUAUACACCAACUUUUAAAACGACGCCUAUAAAUUCACUACCAACAUUCACAAAACCAAAUGAUUCCAAUAAUAAUGUCAAUAAAUCGUCCAACGAUGGUGUCAAUAAUAAUAUAAUUACAAGUACCAUAAUGCGAACAAUUGGAUUUGAUCAAUUUUUAUUAUGUGUUAUAAAUGAUGAUGAUGAUGAACAAACAUUAAUUUAUCAAAAUUUUUAA